UCAUAUGUACCUAUAUAAAUACAAGUGUGACUUCUGAUCAUAUUGUACGCUGUCCUCAACAAAAUGGUUAGCAAAACACUCUGCUUCGCGCUCGCAGCAUUAUGCGCUGCGUCGGCUGCUCCAGAAGGUCGCAUCACAGGAGGUGCCGACGUCGAUAUCACCGAGGCACCUUAUAUGGUAUCCCUGGUUUACCAUUACCCCAGACCCAAUAUCUAUAUUCAGCGCUGUGUGGGAAGCCUCAUCUCUUCCUGGCACAUACUUACCGUGGCUUAUUGUUUUACUGGAGCAAUCCAAGACAACUUCACACUGCGAGCGGGAUCCUCUACUAGUCUUUCGGGCGGCGUUACUUCCACCAUUCAGCAAGUCAUACAGCAUCCAGACUACGUUGCGGCCCCGAGACAAAACGAUAUAGCAAUCGUAUUUGCAAAGGAACCCUUCAGAAUCACAAAUGCAGUAAACAGUUUACGUCUCCCACCUCAGACAUUUACUCUGGCAGAUGGUGCCAUUGGCGUAGUCACCGGAUGGGGAUUCGAUAAGGAGCAAGACGAUGGUGGCACCCAGCAUGAAUCCCUUAGAAAAAUUGAGUUGAGAAAAGUACCCGCAAGUACUUGUUCCUCUGCCUUCUCAGAUGUUGACGAAGUUUCCAUUACUGACACCGUUUUUUGCGCGUCUGAAACAGACAAAGGAAUAUGCUUUGGCGACGCCGGCGCACCUUUCGUAUCAACAGUAUACAACAGUCAAGCCUUAGUAGGUGUUUCGUCCUACUACCGAGACUGCGGAUCUACUUAUCCGGAUAUUUUUGUCCGGGUGGAGAAAUACUCUAAUUGGAUUUUGGAAGUGGCUGUGGCACCCAGCGGUAGACGUGCUGUGGAUGGCGACACGCCCGCCAUUGCCUAAGAUUUUUAAGCAUUGAUUCAUUUAAAGUAUGCAUCGAAAAAGUCUAGUUAAAUUAUUAUUGCUAACAUUUGUGAUAAACAUCGUAAAUAUUUACUUACUUAAAUUUUCAACUUAUUGUAACAAUUGACGUAUUGAAAUUUGUAGUUGUUUACUUAUACAGCGGAAACAAAACCAAAACUAGUUGUAAUAUUGACUUCUUUGUCUAUGAAAAUUAUUAUUUAUUCAAAUAACAACAAGGUGAUGUUUUUAUAAAAAACAAAAUAAAAAUACAUGAUGUAAAAUAUACAAAAUAUUUAUUAAGUAAACCUGUAUAAUUCAAAUUCCAUCAAAUAUUGACAACACGGAUAGAUCAUCUUUGGAACAAACUUCAACGGGCAAGACAGUUACGGUAAAGGCACUAUUAUAUUGCUUAAAUGACUGCCAUAAUAUCUAGUUCUAGAAAGGUAUGCGCUAAUUAAUUUAUCAAACACGAACAUUCUAAAUAAUAAAUUACCAAAGCAAUUAUCGACCGAAGACGAUCAACAAUAAAUUUAUUUUGUUUUAA